CUCAGCACUGGCUCCUUCCAGAUCUCUAUUAAAUCUCACCUUCCAGGUCACCCUGCUGACAUACGACGCCAGAGCAAAACAUCAAAGCUGUCAUACAGUCUUUGUAGAUGAUGCAACACUUUGCACAAUACAUUUUUAUGUAUUUAUUUUAUCUAUUGAAUAUUUCAGUUUACACUGACAUCUGCUGCUCAUCACCACUGAUGACUGACUUAGAAGUGACAAGGUUAACGUUUGUGUUUGCGUUUCAGGAUUUUGACAUAGCAGGGCAAUACGACGCCAUGAUCCCAGAUGCUGAGUGUCUAAAGAUUGUACAUGAGAUCCUCAAUGAGCUGGACCUCGGAGACUUUCGUAUUAAGGUGAACGACCGACGCAUCCUUGAUGGAAUGUUUGCUGUGUGCGGCGUUCCAGACGACAAGUUCCGAACCAUCUGUUCAACGGUGGAUAAACUGGACAAGGUACUGAGACUUACUGCAGUGAACAUGCAACUCUUCUAAUGACUAUACUCAGUUCUCCUGACCCUCGUACUUAUGAGAAU